AUGGACCGCUUUCAUCAGCCAAGUCACAGGGGCCCAAAAGCCCAGCAGAAGGCCGAGAAGUGCAUCUCGACCUGGCGAAAAGCUCGCAGAGAUGAGCGGCCCAACCUGGAGAAAGUGAGCAAUGUUUCAUUGCUCAAAGGUUUGGCGUCAAGAACCGCGGUUCUUGCAGAUCGGCCCCUUGGUAUGCCAGGGGAUUCGGAAGAGGCAGUUUGGGUGGAGUACUUCCGCGGAGUGAAGACCACUUGGCGGGUGUGCUUCACUGCCAAGAACUUUACGCUUACGCAGCUUCUGCAGAGCCAGAACGAGUGGCUGCAACUCCGGCAGGCUCUCGUUACAGCGACGCGUUACGGACUUCAGAAGUCCUUGAUUCGGGAACGCGGUGAGUUCAGGGCCCCUGUGUCGAAGAUCGUCGUGGAGGCCGUGAGGCUGCUGAGUGAAGAUCCCAAGGAGGAUUCGGGAGCGACCUUUGCCACCAACGUUUUCCUGGAAUGUGCUGCAGAGUCAGAGGAGGCAGAAGCUCUGGUGCGCAAAGCCAUGAAAAGCAGUGGCUUGAAAGCGGACUUUGCCGAGGUCCUCACAGGUUGCCUUUCGCAGUUGGAGCGAGGCACUUCGAUUUCCGCGGAUUCGGUUGUUGUUUGUCAGGAGCUGCCAAAGGAGAUCGAGCUGAGAGGCGGUCACGGAGAGCAGCUCUUCGUGGCAGCCGUUCCCGACUGCAGCCGUGCAGCUAACCACGGGCUUUGCGAAGGCUUCGAACUCCUGGCCAUGGUUUUUCUUUCUCCUUUAGGGGAGAAGAAGUCUAUCCAGGACAAGGCCUUGCAGGCCCUUCGCAGCGAUCAGGUGCUGUCCAAGCUGGCGCCUGUUUCGGUCCGGCUCUGCUUUCGGAGUCCCUUCGCCAAGCUCCCACGCUUCUCCUCCAAGCAGCUGGCAGAUCGCAUGGGCUUCGGGAAGAUCCGGGAGCUGCACUUUCACCGGCUCGUAGAGAAUUUGAAGUACAACUGGCGACCGCUGCACUUGGAGAAGCGCCAUGAGCUGCGGCAGCUGGAGAGGGCCUGUGAUGCAGAUGACUCCGGCCGUGCCAUGCUUGUGGAAAACAUCCAGUGGGGAAGCCGUGAGCUACAGCGUGACUCGAUGCUACGCUUGAACUCUCGGGCCGACUUCCUUUUGAUGUCAGAGCUCCCCGAGCUUCCCCUCCCCGAGAAGCUCGAAAUCGGCCGGCCCCGCCACGCUCGGAAGCUUCGGCCGAAAGGCCUUCGAGAGGCUUUGCGCGAAGCGGGCAUCUAUUGGCUCCGCGAGCCGGAGGAAGAGAUGCUGCUCGAGGUUCUGCAGCAGGAGCGCUUCGCAGGAGAUGAAAGCGAGAGCUCCGAGAGCUGGGAGGAGGCCUUGGCCGAUGCCUUCGUCAUCGACUCGGCGGGCCACUUCUCGAAGAUCGGCUCGGGAACUUUGAGGACACAUCACGUCUUCCACGUGACGAAGAAGAUCAAAGAGACCUUGCGCUGCAAAGCAGAGGCGAAGGGAGGCUUGCUCGCUGCGUCGAUCUCGAGGUCGGAGUUUGCCAGCAUCCUCAAUGCGGGCAGCAUCAUGUGGCUAACGCGCGAGCAGAUGGAUGUCAUCUUCUCUGUGAUUGGAGGCCAAGAUGCCGAGGCCGGGAUCAGCCUCAGCGACUGGGUCUCCCGUUUCUCCUGGGAUCCGAUGCAGGCGGCCACGGAGGUUCAGCGGGUUCUGGAUGUUUGGGCCCGGCGCUUUGCUGAGGGGAGGGCCGUGCCGUACUUCAGGGGCUGGAGUGUGCAGAACCAGGGACGGGCCGCGUAUUACCCUCCUCCCCGGCCUCGAAGCCUGCACUUCUGGGAUUUCCAUAUGGUGCUCACGGACAUGGGGGUGCAUUGGCUAAGCUUGGAGCAGCAGCGCCUCUUGUUCCAGUCGCUGGAUGCAAAUCGCAAUGGCCGUGUGGAGGUGGAGGAGUUGCAGGUUUUCGCUGACAAGAGGGUGGAAGUUGAGAUGAAAAGGGUGGAGCAGAUGGCCUCGGCGGGAGAGGAUGACUCAGAUGUUGAGGAGGUUCCAGACGCUCGCGGCCAGGCAGAGGCCGCAGCAGAGGUGGAGGGAGAGGAGGGAGAGGAGGCUGAGUCUGAGGAGGCUGUGGAGGCUGAGGCUGAGGUUGCGGACGAGUCCAGGGAUCCGGAUAGCCCGGCAACGAAGUACACAGCUUCCGAAUUCUACGAUGAGGCUUCCGAUGCUCCCGAGGAGCACAGGGAGGUGCCGAAGGAAUCCGAGGGGAGUCCUGAGAUGCAGCAAAGCCUGCAGCUCUCGGAAGCCCAGAGUGGUGACUACAGCGGUUCCCUCUCGCAAAGUGCGAGUCCUGACAGCCCGGCAAGCGGAUACCCCGACUCCUUCGAAAGCCCUUGA